AUAUAAAUUUCAUUUAAAAUGGAUAUUUGUGUAAGGAAGUAAUGUUAGAAUUGUCAAGUUCGGAACCAGAAAGACGUAAUCGAUGGUUUUUUGGAGGAAUCUCGAGUGCUGGCGCCGCCUGUAUCACACAUCCCUUAGAUCUUAUAAAAGUUCAUAUGCAAACAAACGAGUCAAAAUUAACUGUAAGGGAAGCAAUUAAAAACGUUUUAAAAAAUCACGGCGUUCUUGCAUUUUAUAAUGGCAUAUCAGCAUCUAUAAUGCGACAACUGGCAUAUGCAACAACAGCCUUUGCUAUUUAUGAUGUAGGCAAAAGUUUAAUAAAUUCAGAAACUUUCAUAAGUAGAGUUGGUUUAGCAUUUUUAGGUGGAACAGUAUCGGGAUUUAUGGGAGUACCAGCCGAUGUUAUAAACGUUCGAAUGCAGCAUGAUGUUAAACUACCAAUAGAAGAACGGAGAAACUAUAAACAUGUAUUUGAUGGUAUUAUACGCGUGUGUAGAGAAGAAGGUGUAUUGCGUCUUUUUGUCGGAAGUCCAUUAGCUACAUUAAGAGCAAUUGUUCUCAAUGUUUCUUCAAUGCCUGUAUAUGAUCAGUCAAAAAUAUUUCUUCGUUCAAAAACAAACUUAAAUGAUGGAAUAGUUUUGCAUUCGGCAAGUUCUUUCAUUGCUGCCAUCUGCGUAACUACAAUGGUGCAACCAAUCGAUGUACUUAAGACUCGAGCUAUGAAUGCCAAAUCUAAAGACUAUAAAGGUAUUGUUCAUCUAAUAAUGCGUACUGCCAAAUUCGGACCAUUUGCUUUUUAUAAAGGAUAUGUGCCGUCGUUGGUACGAAACCUGCCUCAUACGAUACUCAUGUAUAUCUUUAUGGAGCAGUUACGUUUACAUUUUGGCAUAAUAAAAGAAAAUCCUAAGGAAUAACUGAACAGUGGGAGAAAAGAUUUAUAUCCUUUAAAUAAUACGAGAUUAAUUAAAUCAAAGGCAAUAUAUAUGAAAUUCAACCUAUGGAGAUAAUGUGAAGAACAGAAACAUUUUAUACCACUACUUACUUUUACUUACUUACUGCAGUACUUCUCUCCUAGUGGAGCACAGGGCCUCAACGAUUCCUCUAAAUCUUACUCUGUUGCUUGCUUCUCUCAUAACUUGAUUCCACGACUACCAUGUCUUAGCUGGAGCUUCAGGACUACAGGCGGCUACCUUUCUCUUAUAUCUUUAUAUUAUUCUUCUAGUAUGUUGUUACAAUGUCUUGAUAGCUUAAAAUAAACUAAAGCAAUAAAUAAGUUUAUGAUAUACAGACAAAAUCAAACUUUUAGAAAAAAGAAAUCAUUUUACAAAAAUUGAUUUUUGAAUGUAAAUCGCAAACCUUUAGGAACAACUACAUAUAAAGUAGAAAUGGCAAUGUUGAACCAAGGAAAUCGUCCCUCGAUUAAAAAUUCGCAAUUCGAUUUAUUCGUUACAGAAAAACAACGCAGUACCUCCCUCCCGGACUCAUAAAGACAGGCCAAGUAGACACCUAAUAAUUAAAUAAAAUACGUUAUUUGUUUAAAGUAUAAUGUAAACACAUUAACAUAAUCUAAUAUAACUCAUAUCUGAGACA